AUGGAUGAGCCACCACCUUGCACCGUCAUCGGAAAAGCCGCAGAGCCGGAGCGAGGACCAGAACAGCUGGAAGAGUCUGCAGACAGCUCGGAGGAAUACCAGUUGAAUUCCUUCGAAGCCUUCCGAAGGUACUGCGUCAACGCCAACAUUGCGUUGGUAAGACCAGAGUUCCUGGAACAGCUCUGCCAAGAGGGGCGGGUCUGGCCUCGGCGGCAAGAGGCUGAAGAAAUCCCAGGAGCUUUGUACAAGCCUGGGCCCGAUGACAAGUUCUCCUUCAUUGGAAUUUCGCACUGCUGGGAGUCUCGGGAGCAUCCCGACCCUUUCGGGUACCAGCUCAAAACCAUAGUGGACGCGUGGCACUACUGGAGAGAGGCCGACCCUGGACUGUACGGAGACGACAGCACCUACUUCUUCAUUGAUUACAUGAGCUUGCCGCAGUUCAAAAGAAGUGCAGAAGAGCAGACGUGCUUCCAGCGCGCGAUGAAAAAUAUGCACCUGUUCUAUGCGAACAGUAGCGCAAUCUUUUGCAAGAGCGUGUGGCGCUUGGAAGACUUGACGCCUGCAGGUGUGAAGAGACAGCAGAUCCGCCAAAGGCGGACCAUUCCGGUCUACAUCCUGGCUGAAGGGAAGGUGGUCGAAGUCCCCCUCAAGCGCUUGAAGCGCAGCGUUGGUGGCAAGUGCAGCUCGUCUUGCGACGAAAGCUGUCGCAAUUUGCACGCGAAUGACAUCGUUUACCUCGGCCGCGGCUGGUGCAGGGCCGAGUACGAAUGGGCCAAGCCCUACACCGUCGACAUUUCGCGGCGGGGCGUGUGCCUGUGCCUGCGCCGCCGCUGGGCCGGGUAUGACUCGGUUUUUCACAGGUUCUCCCUGCCCUGGACGCCUGAGGCGUUCCAGAGAAGUGUAGCCACCCGCGCGUUGAAAUUUACUCACCGCGGUGACAUCGACCCGGUGCUCGAACUGCAACGCACGGUGUUCCAGCAGAAAGUGGCGACUCUGGAGAAUUUCGAAUGCACUUGGCUUCCGUGCCACGAAGUCGAAGACUUGGUGGAGCUUGUGGGCCUCCUGCAGGCGGUGCAGAACUUCCAGCUAGUCGCCGCCCAUGUCGCCGACUCCCAGCAGAUGGCUCUGGCGACCGCCUUGGAGACUCGCCAAUCACUGCAGAUGGUGCAGAUCGGCUCUGUCCAGCUGAGCCCCGGCGCGGUCCAAGUCCUGGCAGCGGCGCCACGGCUCCACACGCUGUGGCUGAACGCCUGCGGCCUGGGCGACGCCGGCGCCGGCGUCGUGGCGAACACCUUGACGCAGCACCGGACGCUCCGAGAGGUGCGGCUGGGAUUCAACGGCAUCGGCGACCAUGGCGCGACGGCCUUGGCGGCGGCCUUGGUGACCAACAACGUCUUGGAGGAGCUCCACUUGGAGGGCAACAGGAUCGGGUCGCGCGGCGCCGUGGCUUUGGCCGAGGCCUUGCGAAGCAAUGGCACCGUGAGACGCUUGGUGAUUCGAUUCAACCCGAUCGGCGCCCAGGGCGUCCGAGCUCUGAGGAGUGUUGCAGAGAGGAUCGAGAAAUGCAGACGCUUCCUGGUGCGGAUGGAUGUGCUGCAUCCUGAUGCGGGUUUUCGCGUGGAUCAUUUUGACCAUGAUGUUCCUUCCAAUGAGAUUCUUCACAUUGCGGCAGAGGGCCAUCGCUUGCAUCAGCGCCCGGGGGAAACCCUCCAACCUGAGAAGAUGAAAAAACCAGUGGAUGUGGAAGAACCUGAUGCCAGUAGCUGGGAGAUGGUCCGUCCGGCGGCGGCACGUGCUUGCGAUGCCGGCUUCGGUGGCUCCGGCGAUGCGGAGGCGCCAGAGCUCCGCAGCACUGGGCGCCAGAACUCGCAGGCGUCGAAGCCGUCGAAGCCGUCCGCGCUGGGCGGUGGCGAGUGGGGAAAAGAUGGACGGACAAGGAAGAAUUUGCUGCUGCACAUUGAGACAAGACUCACUUUCCUGUGUGGAGCUGCUUCCUGUAAGGAUUUGUCAUUCAGGGAGGUGCAAGAUGGAAGAACAUGGGAGGACUAA